AUGGACAAGAAUGAAACCGGAUUGUCUAAUGAAGCUUUUUAUCCCUUAAAGAAGGGAAAUGGCGAGGGAGCCAGGAGCAAAGAUUCCACCGAGCGACUACACCAAACUUCACCCAGGGUCUCGAAAUCGACCUCCGCACUAAGUUCUCAUCUUUACCAGGGACGCACGACCUUUGGCGGUAGAUCAGCGUACAACCGCUGUUUGAGUGCUCUGCUCUUGGCUAAGAAAUCGCAACACACUUUCGGUCGGGUCCUUAAGUUUGGAGAAAGAUCGAUGGUAAGACCUGGACCUUUUGACAAAGGUCAAGUCUCCAAGCCGGUGGAAACGUCACCUGAUUUGAAAAGCUUAAAGCGUUGUCGCCUUUAUGCUGUCAACAAGAAUUCGCAGGAAAUAAUGCGGCACCAGAGCAACGUGACUUCAAAAACUUUAGAGCACUCUUGCAAGGAGUCUCCCAAGGAAGAGAAGUCACUCAAGCCAGAGGAUCUCCAACCAAUCAAUUCCGAAGACUCGUUAGCCGUUAAGCCGCAAGGACAAAGAUUUUCCUUUACGAAGCCUAUCUCACUGAAGACGUUUAAACUAAAACGCAGUUACAUUUUUUCGCCGCCGAUUUUUUUAAAAUAA